ACAGUCUCUGUGCCGUCGCCGCUGUGGCGCUCCUCUGCUGCUGCUCGUGUUUGUUUUCAACAGCUACUUCAGCGGCGACCCGGGGAAGAAAUUUCUCAAGCAAGGCUCAAUCGACGAUAGAGAAAAAGCGUCGUGUAGAGCCGACGGUUCUCUGCCCGAGAGUCCUCAGCGAGACAUUUUCCGGAGGAAAUCUGAUCUCGAACCGACCGGGAUUCCGGCCUGUGAAGACGAAGUCGAUCAGAAAUGGUGAAAACGGUCUCCGAGGCAAAGCUACUGGUCGUCGGUGCCGGUGGCAUCGGUUGCGAACUCUUGAAGAACCUCGUUCUAUGUGGCUUCCGGGACCUCGAAGUGAUUGAUCUCGAUACGAUCGACUUCAGUAAUCUCAACCGGCAGUUCCUCUUCCGGAAGGAGCAUGUUGGGAAAUCCAAAGCACUUGUAGCCAAAGAGAGCGUGUUGGAAUUCUGUCCUGACGCCAAAAUAACCGCCUUGCAUGACACGGUCAUUAAACCUGAGUACAACCGGGAGUACUUCGCCAAGUUCGACAUCGUGCUCAAUGCACUGGACAACCGAUUAGCCCGGAACCAUGUGAAUCGACUGUGUCUCGCAGCGGGGGUGCCCUUGCUUGAGAGCGGUACUCAGGGCUACCUCGGUCAGGUGAUGCCGAUUCUGAAAGGAAAAUCAGAAUGCUACGAGUGCAGACCGAAAGCCGCGGAGAAAACGUUCGCCGGCUGCACUAUUCGCAACACGCCCUCGGAACCCAUCCAUUGUAUCGUAUGGGCCAAGCAUUUGUUCAACCAGCUCUUUGGCCUAUCAGACGCGGACGAAGAGGUCUCUCCCGACUCCACGGACCCUGAGCUCGGUGGGAAGAUCGACGCCGAUAAGAUCAUCCAAAACGACAAGGGGGACGGAAACGUCGCUCGAGUCUCGACCCGAGAAUGGGCGGCCGAAUGCGGCUAUGACGCCGAGAAGGUGUUCAACAAAUUGUUCCACGACGACAUCAACUACCUACGAGACAUGAGCGACCUAUGGGAGAAACGACGCGCCCCCGAAGCCAUCCUCUUCUCCGCUGAAGAUCUCGUGGGCUGGAAGGAACCAACAGGAAUGCGGGAUCAGCGCUUAUGGGGCUUGACUGAAUGCAUGGAGGUAUUCCGAAGCAGUUUGCGAGUACUCAAGGAGAGCUAUGAAGCUCUACCUGAAGGUGAAUAUCUGACAUGGGACAAGGACGACGACGCUAGCCUGGAUUUUGUCACGGCCUGUGCAAACAUCCGCAUGAAGUGCUUCAACAUCCCGAUGAAGACUCAAUUUGAAGUCAAGUCGAUGGCGGGAAAUAUCAUCCCAGCCAUCGCAACGACGAACGCUGUCAUUUCCGGUCUAAUUGUCCUCCAGGCGUUAAAAAUUCUCAAGGGGAAAGCUGAUAAAUGUAAAUCGGUCUACCUGAGUCGGCAUCAUCAUCCGGACAGCCAUCAGAUAAUUCGGUCGUCAACCAUGGAGCAACCGAAUCCGAAAUGCUACUCGUGUUCCGAGAAGCACGAAAUUUUCGUUGUUGUCAACACGAAAACGACGACGAUGAAGGUGUUCCGCGACAAGCUACUCAAGGACAUCCUGAAUAUGUCAGCUCCUGAUGUCACUAACGAAGGCACCGGAACUCUGGUGAUAUCAUCCGAAGAAGGUGAAACGGACCACCUCGAGGAGAAAACGAUGGAGGAGCUCGGCAUGAUUCAUUGUGCUCGACUUAGCUGCGACGAUUUCCUCCAAAACUUCAACGUUCUUAUAAAUAUUGUACAUACGGAAGAAAAACUCGCUGAUGGCGCCGAAUUCGAGGUUCGAGGCGAGCUUCCGAAACCCACUGAAGAAGCUGCGGAGACUAAUGGAAAAGAAACAGCUGAGCCCUCUUGUUCGAAGGGAGCGGGCGAUGUUCUGGUCGUGGAGGAUGACGAUUUACUGAUCAUCGAGCCGGAUAUGGCAGAGGAAGAAGAAGAUGUCAAACCGCCGCCUCAGAAAAAACAGAAAGUGGAAUAGAAGCGAUAAUGUAUGGAGGUUUCGCGUUCCUCUUAAAAUCCACCUGAAUAAACGGAGCUCCAGAAAGGGGAAAAGUUCUGACCUCAUUCGUCGAGGUGAACUCGCACACUUGGCUCUUCUGAACUACAAAGAAUUUGUCGAGUUCAUCCUGAGGAAGAUCAUCGCUGCGACAGAUUCCUCUGAGUCGCAUGUAUCAAUCUGUGGAGUCUGGAGAUGUUCUGUUCCUGUAUCUUCCUAUCUCAACUCCGCUGCGGAUCUCUUCUCUCACGGAAAUGCCAAAAUGAGGAGCACAGUGUGGAACGGAAUGCAAGAAAGUAAAUUAUCAUCCGUCUCAUGUUUUCCUGCCCCACGAAGGGAGCUUUCUUUCAAGUGACCCGGAGAUGAAAAUAAAAAUUUUACACCGGAAC